CUCCUCUCUCACGCUUGGAAAACGUCGUAGAUCUAAAAAUCUCUUCUUUUUCCUCCCAUCUCGUCUUCCUUCUCAUCGCGAUCUCUUCGCCGCCGAUCCCUUAGGAAAAUGGCGGGGGGAUUUAGGGUCUUGCACCUCGUGAGGCCAUUUCUUGCUAUACUCCCCGAGGUCGAAUCAGCUGACAGGAGAAUUCCAUUCAGAGAGAAGGUCAUUUACACCGUGAUCUCGUUGUUCAUCUUUCUGGUGUGCAGCCAGCUUCCCCUGUAUGGAAUUCACUCGACGACCGGCGCUGAUCCGUUCUACUGGAUGAGGGUUAUUCUGGCGUCGAACCGAGGGACUGUAAUGGAGUUGGGGAUUACUCCCAUUGUGACUUCUGGGUUGGUGAUGCAGCUGUUGGCAGGGUCGAAGAUUAUUGAGGUUGACAAUAGUGUGAGGGAGGAUCGAGCUUUGCUAAAUGGUGCACAGAAGUUGCUGGGUAUACUUAUAGCUAUUGGAGAGGCAGUUGCAUAUGUUCUGUCUGGGAUGUAUGGCAGUGUUAGCCAACUUGGUGCAGGCAAUGCUAUUUUGAUAAUUCUUCAACUUUGCUUUGCGGGUAUCAUUGUCAUCUGCUUAGAUGAGUUGUUGCAGAAAGGCUAUGGUCUUGGCUCUGGCAUCUCUCUUUUCAUAGCCACCAACAUCUGUGAAAACAUUAUAUGGAAGGCAUUUAGUCCUACUACUAUUAACAGCGGCCGAGGUGCUGAAUUUGAAGGAGCCGUCAUUGCCUUGUUCCACUUGCUGAUAACUAGAACAGACAAAGUCCGAGCUCUACGGGAAGCCUUUUAUCGACAGAAUCUUCCAAAUGUGACGAACCUCCUUGCCACUGUUCUGGUUUUUCUCAUUGUCAUCUACUUCCAAGGCUUCCGUGUAGUCCUUCCAGUGAGAUCAAAGAAUGCUCGCGGACAGCAGGGUUCCUAUCCAAUCAAACUAUUUUACACUUCCAACAUGCCCAUCAUCUUACAGUCUGCUCUUGUUUCCAAUCUGUAUUUCAUCUCCCAGCUACUCUACAGGAAGUUCAGUGGAAAUUUCUUUGUAAAUCUGCUUGGGAAGUGGAAGGAAUCCGAAUAUUCUGGCGGUCAAUUCAUCCCUGUUGGCGGUCUUGCUUACUACAUUACAGCACCAUCAAGCUUGGCUGAUAUGGCUGCAAAUCCAUUCCAUGCGCUAUUUUACAUAGUCUUUAUGUUAUCGGCCUGUGCACUUUUCUCAAAGACAUGGAUCGAGGUUUCUGGAUCAUCAGCAAGAGACGUGGCUAAACAGCUCAAGGAGCAACAAAUGGUGAUGCCAGGUCACCGUGAAUCCAAUCUACAAAAGGAAUUAAACCGUUACAUUCCAACAGCAGCUGCCUUUGGUGGAAUGUGCAUUGGAGCUUUGACAGUUCUUGCAGAUUUCAUGGGCGCUAUUGGUUCAGGCACAGGGAUCCUGCUCGCUGUUACCAUCAUUUACCAAUACUUCGAGACUUUUGAGAAGGAAAGAGCUAGUGAGCUUGGCUUCUUUGGACUUUAAGCAGUUUUGCCUGAACAAGACAAAGUUGUAAACUUCCUAAUUUUAUCAGGUGUUAGAAGUUAGGAAAGUAGUUGCGUACUUGCGUUGGAAACUUAGUGAGAGCUUGGAGGGGAAAAAAAAAAUCUUUAGAUGUUAUGUUUUUUUAUGUUAAAUUAAAAUUUUUUCCUUUAGCUGUUAACUUUUGUGAGCGCGCUGGAAUCAGUGAAAAUUUUAUCCCUUUUCAUUUGUACUGGAAUCAGUGAAAAAUUUAUCCCUUUUCAUGUGCA